UCACGCGAUGAUGGCGCUGCGAUCACGACCGUGGAGAGGAAAAAGAAGAGGAGAAGAUCAUUGCCCAGGCUUUGAGUCCACUUGCUUUGCAUCUUCCCCUUGUUUCUUCCAUUUUCUUCUCUUCUCUUCGUGCGAUCGAUCCGUCGCGUGGAAGGAAGGACCAGAGUGAAAUUGGAGAAAUCGGCAGCGAAUGUGUCAACGCGAAGAUAGAAUUUGAUAGUGGGGCUUGACUGCUAGCUGCAAGAGGAAAAGGAGAUCCACUCCAUGGACCAGGAAGAGCUAGUUCCUUUUGGAAGCCCCUCGCUCUGUUUCUACUCGGAGGAGGUAGCGAUCGAUUGCGAGGAUCAGGACGAGAAGACGCUCCUGGAAGUGGACAGCUUCGUGUCAUCGUCUCUGGUGCUGGGCGAGGCCGAUCAGGCCGAGGAUUCGCACAUCCAGCCAUCGCCCACAUCCCAGCUCGCGGAUUCCCCCAUUGGGUCGGCCAGAUCGGGCGGGAUCUCCAGCGAUUCGGGCAGGAAGAGCAUCCGGAUCGCGCAGAAGCUCCGCGAUCGUGUCGGCUCGGAUCGAUUCCGCGAGGCGAUUGGGGGCGUCUUUAGCCAGGAGGCCGCCAGCGGCAACAAGAGCGCUCUUCGGCUGAUGACACACAUUUCUUCCUCCUCGCCUUCCUCUUCUCCAUCCUCGGCGGUCCUCUCCCCGGAUUCUUCCAGCGAUUCCACCAAUAUCCUCCCCGGGAAGAAGAAGCGGCCUGCGCUCCUCCCGCUCGAUCUCUCCUUCGCCGCUGCCUCCAAUCGCAGCAGCAGCAUCCACAGCCCCUGGGGGAUCUCCAAGAGAGUGUGUAGCACGCCGCCCCCUUCUACUUCCUCUUGCUCCUCCACCUCGGCCCCCAUCGCCGCGGCCAUGGCGAUGGCUUCCAGCCCAGUGCUCGGCGGCCUCUCGGAUUUCAACGAGAACGACUCCGAGGACAUGAUUCUCUACGGGCUGCUCAAGGAGGCCGCGCGGACUGGAUGGCAGCCGCUCACGCCCAAGCAAAGGAAAGAGCCCGAGCUCGCCGACGCCGCCAAGCCCGAGAUCGUGACGCCCAUGCCGCCGGCAGUAGCGGUAGUACACCGCGCAGCACAGCUACCACAGUGCGUUGCCAACCGCGCGGCACCCACGGUACACUACGCAGCACAGCCGGCACAUUGCGCGAUACCGCUGCUGACACAGUCCGAGACGCGCGGUACUGCGGCAAUGCCGGCGGCUUCUUUACAAAGGCAGCACUACCGCGGGGUGAGGCAGAGGCCGUGGGGGAAGUUUGCGGCGGAGAUUAGAGACUCGAUGCGGCAAGGCGCACGGAUCUGGCUGGGGACGUUUGAUACCGCCGAGCAGGCUGCUCGGGCCUACGAUCGAGCGGCGUUUAAGAUGAGGGGCGCGCGAGCUCUUCUCAAUUUUCCACUCCAGCCGCAGCAGCAGCACCACCAAAUUCACCAGAGUGGCCAAAGUCAAAACCAGCAAGAGCCCGAGAACAAGAGACCGAGAUCGAAUUGAUGAUAUACCAUUUUUCUUCUAGCGUUUUGAUUGACGUCGUCUGAUCCGUAGUCAGACAGAGAGAGGAAGCGGCCAAAGAUCGUGAUUGAUAAAGAUUGCGCUUUUGACUCC